AUAUAUUCUAAGUUCGUGAAUACUUGCAGCUAGUGCCAAGGUUCCUCCAUUCAUAGAAUAACUUUACUAAAUAUAGCGUGAAGUCGUUAUUGAUGGACAGAGUUGAACUCUACAAGCAUAUUGAUUCGCUGCUAAACACUGGGUGAUAUAUAAAAGUGUAUUAAAAUUGACUUGUCACAGCAUUAUUGGAAUUUUCAACAGUGUCUUGAGUAACAAGUUUAUUAGUGGGCGGUUCUGCGUUGACUAGGAAUCGUACUGGGAAUCGUUCAUAUCUCUGUUGUCAUUUAUCAAUGUAGCAGGAUAUAAUUCUGAUGUAUUAAACAUACCAGAACUAAUGGAGAAUUUUAAAGUGACGUUUUCUAUUAAAAGACAAGACACCGACGAACCAGUGGUGCACAAAGUAGAUGGACAGAGAUUUGCCAGAUGUCAUACAGUCAAAUUAAAUGUGAAUACAACCUAUACAAUAAAUAUCACAAUCCGCCCUGAACUUGUUUUGAGAGGUUUACAUAUCCAAGGUGAAAAACUAGAAUUCACAAGAAUCAAACCAGAUAAAAUAGAAGACGAUGGUAGUCGGUUCCAAGCUGCUUGGACUUCCACUGGUUGUACUAUUAAUAAAAGUGGCGAUAGAAAAGAUAUUGUUGUUCUGUUAGAGUUUGAUAAUUUGAUCACCAUGACGACAUCAAUUCAAGUGAAGUUUUAUGAAGAUAAGGAAAGCAACCACGCGAAAUGGGGAAAUCCCUUGCAUACUAUAGAAUAUGAUUGUGGUGUUAAAGAAGGACAGACGUUUGUUGAUAUUAUUAAAGAGAAAUACUUCUGAUAUUCACCCAACGGUUCAUACUCAUCAUAAGAUGUUCAAUAAUUUAGUGCACGUCACCUUUAACUAAGUUUUUUCUUUUAUGGAGGUUGAUUCUUGCCUAAAGUCAAAUUAUCUUAUGGUAUUAAGGUCGCAUAUCUCUUGCCUUUUAUACAAUAAUAUUUCGCAUGUGAAAUCUUUGAUGAAAUCAUUAUAACAGACUAUCAAUAAAAGUGCAUAAUAUGAUUUUAUAUAGGAAGUAUAUCAAAAUAAUAGUUUGGUAGUUUAACUUUUGUUCAUGUAAAAAUGGCUUAUUCUUUGAGCAUUGGUCCGUUUUUCAGAAAAAGAUUGUAGAAAGAUUUAUUGCAUAUAUAUAUGAAUGCUUGAAUCCAUAUAGCUUUUUAUAUAUCAGAAGCACUAUGUAAGUUCAUGGGAAUGCAUUUUAUAUCUAUGCACGACGAUUUAUGUGGGAACUUUGUUAUAAGUUUUUGAUUUUAAUGACUGAGGAAAAUUUAUCCAUAUAAUAAUAUUAAUAUUAUUAUAGGUUUUGGCUAUUGUGGCUAUGAAAUAUGUAACCCAUCAAUUUAGCGCCGAUGUCUGGUGAUCAACUGCCUGUGUGUAUAGUAUUCUUCAAUAUAGUGUUGCCACUCUAAAGUGAUUUUAUGAUAAUCAAGAACAACAAUGGUUGUGCGAGACAUUCUUUAAUAUAUGAAAGAAAAUCUGUCUUAAAAGACAACAUUGUGCUGUGAAAUAAAAGGCAAAUAUUAACCUGAAUCAGCCUUGUCCAUUCUUAAGGGAUGUGUCAUUGUUUUCUAAUUAUGAAUAGUUUUAUAGUAUUUUGUUCAUUUCCUUUUUGUGUUGCUCAACGUCUUGUACUCUUUAUCAUCUGGACACAAGCCUUCUGAACAAUAUAUUUCAGUUGUUAAAUGAUUAUAUAGAAUACAUAGAAUAAUAAACUAUUCCGUGUU